CAAAAAAAUUAAAAACCAGAAAAAGUCUUUUUUUGCUUUGAAUAAGGAGGAGGAUUUUUUUUGUGGUUGAUGGAAAUAAGAAGUCAGAAAGGAAGAACAUCAUUAUCCGGGAAUGAGGACAACCUAAAGGCCACCGCACUCCAUAAAGUACAACCUAAAGGCCACCCCUCCGCCGGUCACCUUUUAACCUUUGUUUUUUUGGCUUGUCAAAGAAGAAAGAAAACACUUCUGGCCGAUAAUAGCAACACCACAACAUUUAUGGAGUAAUUGACAAUUCGGAGAGGGUUAAUUGCAGAGUAGAGAGAAAGGCAGGCGAAAUGCAUCUGUAUAACGCGUGGUUGCCACCGCCGGUGGCGGAGCAGACAGCGAAAGAGGGGGAGGCGUUCGCCAGAGUGGUGAAAUCGGCCAAGGAAUCCUACACGCAAGGCGAUUCGGAAUCUGUUUACGCUACCCUGAAAUGGAUAUCUGUUCUCGACCUCUUCAUAAGGGCAAGAAGUGAAUUGUGCAUGGAAGAUGUGAAAGACCUUGUGGAGUUUGGGUUGGAAUUAUUUAGAUUAUCAGAAAAUAAACUUACUGCCCAGGUUAGAUGGGGAAAUCUCUUGGUAAGGAUAUUAAAUAAAUAUAGAAAGAAGUUGGAUUUGAAGGUCCAUUGGCGCCCAUUAUAUGAUACUAUGGUACACACUCACUUCACAAGGAAUACUGGCCCUGAAGGAUGGAGAUUGAGACAACGACAUUUUGAGACAGUUACUUCACUUGUUCGAUCUUCUCGGCGAUUCUUCCCUCCAGGAUCUGCAUUUGAGAUAUGGUCUGAAUUCAGAUCCCUAUUGGAAAAUCCAUGGCAUAACUCAGCUUUUGAAGGUUCUGGUUUUGUGAGACUGUUCCUUCCAACAAACGUGGAUAAUGAAGGCUUCUAUUCUUAUGAUUGGACCAGAUCAGUCCUAGACCACUUGGAUUCUAUACCAAAUUCCCAGUUUUGGAGCAGCCAGUGGACCUCUGUUCUAGCUCGUGUGAUUAAGAACUACGACAAUGUUGAUUGGGAAAUAUUCUUGUCAAAUUUGUUCAAUAGAUUCUUGAAUAUGUUUGAGGUUCCUGUGGCAAAUGGAAGUGGGUCUAAUCCAUUUUCUGUGGAUGUUCCCAGAAACACUAGAUUCUUGUUUUCAAAUAGAACAGUCACUCCAUCAAAGGCUAUGGCUAAAUCAAUUGUUUAUCUACUAAGACCUGGUGGUUCAGCACAACAUCACUUUGGGAAAUUGGUCAACCUUUUGGAACAGUACUACCACCCUUCCAAUGGUGGCCGCUGGACAUAUUCCCUUGAAAGAUUCUUGUUCUACUUGGUAGCUACAUUUCAGAAAAGGUUGCAGCUUGAGCAACAGAGAAAGGAUAAAGGUGAAGUGUCUGAAGUCUUCCUAAGGCAGGUGGACAGGGCCGCCUUUGUCGAUAGCAUCUUGAGGCUGAUUGAUCGUGGUCAAUACAGCAAAAAUGAGCAUCUUUCCGAAACAGUUGCUGCUGCUACCUCUAUUCUGUCGUAUGUAGAACCAUCCUUGGUUCUUCCGUUUUUAGCAUCUCGGUUUCAUAUGGCCUCAGAGACAAUGACAGCCACCCACCAGUUGAAGAGUGCUGUAAUGUCAAUAGCAUUUUCCGCACGAUCUCUGUUUCUCACAGCUUUAUCUACAUCCUCCAUGAAUUUUAAUGUUGUUGAUCAUGGUGGUUCAUUUGUUGACCUUUUGAUGAUUUCGUUAUCAAAUGCAUUGCUUGGUAUGGAUGCCAAUGAUCCACCCAAAACAUUGGCAACAAUGCAGCUUAUUGGUUCUUUAUUCUCCAAUAUUGCUAUUUUGGAAGAUAAUGGGGAUGGAUCGUUUCUUAUGCCGGCCUUUCACUUCUCUGAAUGGCUUGAUGAGUUCUUUUGCCGCUUGUUUUCAUUGCUUCAACAUUUGGAACCUAGUAGUGUUGUGAAUGAAGGCCUUCAUUCUCCUGCAACUUCAGGAACUUUCCUGGUUGAUGAAGGUCCAUACUAUUUUUGCAUGUUAGAAAUAUUGAUGGGAAGGCUUUCCGAGUCAUUGUAUAAGCAGGCCCUUGAAAAAAUUUCCAAAUUUGUUACAAAAAAUAUCCUUCCUGGGGCAAUUGCAGAGGUUGGGCUUCUUUGUUGCGCCUCUGUUCAUCCUAAUCCUGAGGAGGCAGUUACUCAUCUUGUCAAACCAAUGUUGGAGUCUGCUAUAUUGUCAUUUAAAGGAACACCUGUUACAGGGUUAGGAGGAAGAGGGACUUUUGAAGCUUCUAGACUUAGCAAGGAAAAGCACAUGCUCUCGCCAGCUCUUGAAACUGCGAUUGAGUAUCAGCUGAAAGUAUUAUCUAUUGCAAUUAGUUAUGCCGGCCCUGCACUUCUUCACUACAAAGAUGGGUUCAAAGAAGCUAUUGCUUGUGCCUUUGAUUCUCCAUCAUGGAAGGUCAAUGGGGCAGGAGAUCAUGUUCUCCGAUCUCUCCUUGGAAGCCUGGUCCUUUACUAUCCCAUUGAUCAAUACAAGUGUCUUUUGCAUCACUCGGCUGCCCCAGCAUUGGAGGAGUGGAUCAGUACAAAAGAUUUUUCAAAUGAUGAGCAUUCGGUGGCUCCCAGGUGGCAUGUUCCUUGUAGGGAAGAGAUUGAAUUUGCAAAUGAACUCUUAAGGUUGCAUUUGGAUUCUGCUUUAGAUGAACUUUCAAGGAUAUGCAAAUCUAUCCAUUCUGAUCCAGGACUUGAAAAAGAACACUUAAAAGUGACUCUCCUGCGCAUUGACUCUUCAUUACAAGGGGUUUUGUCAUGUUUACCCGAUUUUAGGCCAUCUUGCAAAGGAGUGGUUGAAGAGCAGGGGAAUAUUCUGUUUUUUAUUGCUGGAGCAACAGGCUCUUGCGUUGGUAGUGCUGAACUGAGAGAGAAAGCUGCCGAUGUUAUUCAUUCUGCUUGCCUGUACUUAUUGGAGAAAAAGUCUGAUGAUAGCAUUUUGUUAUUGCUCCUCAUUCGUAUAAUGGAUUCCUUAGUAAAUUAUGGUAGUUCAGAAUACGAUGAGUGGUUAAAUCACCGACAGGCCUGGAAACUGGAAUCUCCUGGCAUUGUAGAACCUCCAGUUAAUUACAUCGUGUCGUCUCAUUCGAAAGGAAAAAGAAGAUCACGAUGGGCACUUAUUGACAAAGCUUAUAUGCAUAGUACUUGGAGAGCUUCACAGUCAUCAUACCAUAUUUUCCGGAUGACAGAAAAUAUGCAUCCAUCUGAUCAUGUCAUGCUUUUGAUGGACGAUCUUCUUAACCUCUCUUUACAUAGCUAUGAAACCGUCCGUGCAAUUGCUGGAAAAUCUCUUCUGAAAAUGAUGAAGAGAUGGCCAUUUACUAUUUCAAAGUGUGUGCUGAGUUUGAGUGAAUAUUUGAGGAAUCCGAGCUCACCUGAGCACGCAGUAUUAGGCUCUUGUGCAGUUCUUGCAACACGGACUGUGCUCAAAAGUUUAACUAGGGAUACAAAGACACUUUCUUCAUUUCUGAUUGGAAUUCUUUCAAGCUCUCAUCAUGAAUCGUUGAAAGCUCAGAAAGCAAUCAAUGAGCUUUUUGUGAAGUACAACAUUUAUUUUGCGGGAGUAUCUAGAAACAUGUUCAAAACAUCGGUCAAUCAUUCAGACAAGACCGAUUUUGCUGUAUUGGUUUCUGAGAUCAGCUCCAUGAGUUUCGAAAGCACCAACUUGCAUUGGAGGUAUAAUCUGAUGGCUAAUCGAGUUUUGCUUCUGCUAGCAAUGGCUUCUAGGAAUGAUCGUAAUUCAUCUCCAGAAGUUCUCAGUGAAACUGCUGGUCAUUUCUUAAAGAGUUUGAAGAGUCAAUUACCUCAGACGAGAAUACUGGCAAUCUCUGCUCUUAACACACUGUUGAAGGACUCGCCUUACAAACUAUCUGAAGACAGGCCCAUUCUUUCUUCUGUUUUACACAAAAAUGUGAAGUCUUCUCUUGAAGAAGCUUUAAGUAGUAUAUUCCAAGAAGAAGGAUUUUUUAGUGAGACUUUAAACAGUCUUUCUCAUAUUCACAUAGUUGAUACAGAUGGUGCAUCUUCUAAAGGAGGUCAUGGAAGCUCUUCAUUCCAAAGCCUUGCAGACAAAUCAAUCACCCAUUUUUAUUUUGAAUUUUCUUCAUCGUGGCCUCGUACACCUGACUGGAUAUCUUUAUUCGGAAAUGAUACCUUUUACUCUAGCUUUGCCAGGAUAUUUAAACGGCUAAUGCAAGAAUGCGGCAUGCCUGUAUUACUGGCACUAAAAGAUGCACUAAAGGAGUACAUAAAUGCCACCGAGAGGGCUAAACAGUGUGUUGCUGCUGAAGCAUUGGCUGGUGUGCUUCAUUCUGAUGUCUGUGGUGUUUCUGAUGCAUGGGACAGCUGGUUGAUGGUCCAUCUGCAGAAUAUUAUUCAUGCACCAUCUCUGGAAUCUAUACCAGAGUGGGCAGCCUGUAUACGUUAUGCAGUUACCGGGAAGGGAAAGUAUGGGACAAAGGUUCCUCUUUUAAGACAGAAGGUCUUGGACUGUCUGAUGAACCCUUUCCUGGAGGCAGUUGGUACUGCUGUUAUCACGAAGCGCUAUAUUUUUCUUUCGGCUGCACUUAUAGAACUAUCCCCGCCUAGAUUGUCAUCAGCUGAAAUAGAGCUUCAUUAUGAGCUGCUUAAAGAAUUGAUUGGGAAUAUGAAUCAUUCUUCUCCACAAGUGAGGGAAUCAGUCGGCUUGACUCUCUCUGUCUUGUGCUCAAACAUUAGACUUAAUGAGUUGAGUAAUCAAGUUCAGCCACAUGAAGUACAAAUUAGUGGCUUGCACCAAAAUAAGAAAUCAUGUUGGGAUCAAUAUUUAAUGGACGAAGGUUUAAAAAUUGCGUCAAACAUCCAGAAGCCGAGCCAGUUAAAUGUUUACGAUAUCUCAACAAAUAAAGCCUCCUUAAAUGGAGCAUCAAAUGAUAACUCUCAAGAUGAUGCUAAAUGGAUGGAGACGCUAUUUCAUUUCAUCAUCUCUUCUUUAAAGUCCGGAAGGUCUUCGGUUUUGCUGGAUGUUCUUGUUGGUCUUCUCUAUCCUGUAAUAUCGCUACAGGAAACAUCAAGUAAAGAUCUUUCUACACUAGCCAAAGCAGCUUUUGAAUUGUUCAAAUGGAGAAUUAUCUUAGAACCCUAUCUACAGAAGGUGGUAUCUGUGAUGCUUACUUCAGCAGUUGACUCAAAUUGGCGCACCAGAUCAGCUACAUUAACUUUCUUGCGAAGUUUCAUGUACAGGCAUACUUUUGUCCUCUACAAGGUGGACAAACAAAACAUUUGGGGAACGGUUGAGGGGCUGCUCUCAGACAACCAAGUUGAGGUAAGGGAGCAUGCUGCAGCUGUAUUGGCUGGACUAAUGAAGGGUGGGGAUGAAGAUCUUGCCGACGACUUCCGCAGUAGAGCAUUCAAGCAAGCAAGCAUCAUUCAGAAGAAAAGGAAGCAACGAAGCUUGAGAUCAUCAGGGCAGUCAGUAGCAUCCAUACAUGGUCAGAUACUUGCGUUGGCAGCUUGUGUGUUAUCAGUCCCCUAUGACAUGCCCGGUUGGCUGCCUGAUUACAUAACUCUACUGGCUCAAUUUGUUUCGGAACCGUCCCCGGUGAAAUCUACCGUUACAAAAGCAGUGGCAGAGUUCCGACGCACUCAUGCAGACACAUGGAAUAUACAAAAAGACUCUUUCACGGAAGAGCAACUUGAGGUUCUGGCAGAUAUUUCAUCAUCCUCGUCAUACUUUGCCUGAAAAUGGUAUUCUUAUUUUUAUUUUUGUUACGUUUAUUUGUCUCUUUUAUUUUCACACGAGAAAGUGGCAUGACAAAAACAAAAGAGUACUUUGUUACUACUUGUAUUGUUCAUUUACCCCCACCCGUUUAAAUAAGGAGCGGUCAAAUGU